AACAUCACAGUUACGUAACUGUCUCUGCUACUCCCUUUCCCCCCUAGGUAACAAUAAGUAACGCAGACUCAACCCCCCUCCCCCUUCAUGCGUUACGUAAUUUAUGUACAACGCCUAUGCAGCAAGGUGCAUGCAAAAACUUUCAUCCACAGAAAAACGUCCAAGCUGAGUUCCAAACUUGUGUAAAGUUUUUUGUAGUAGCAAUCCGUAACCAGACAGCGCUACCAGUGACACCAGCCUCGUACACCAGCGAAAAAAAUGUACUGUAGCGAUACGGUCACCAAGCAGCGCUAGUGUACAAGUAAUUUAUAACGCAAUUCUCUUCGAAAAUUUACACGGAAUUUUCAAUCAAUGUUGUUCUUACUUGAGAAUCUGUCUGUGAUUCAUCCUUUGUGAUAUCACCCGAGUAUCUCCUGUAUUCCCUACUCAUACUAUUAGCACAGAGAACAGACGAACAAACGGUCUGAAGAAAGUGUGUAAAAUUUUGCAUGUGUGCCAUGAAUUAUCCUCCGAAUAAAACCCCUCGUUAUGCUAAAUGGUGAAGUGUGAUGUCGCUACCGUCGCCAAACAGCCUGUAUUUUCAUCAGUGUAUGUACUUUUCACUCCCGUCGGUAUUUACGUUCAAAUAUAUUGGCUAUAUGCCGUUUGUUCCACGGCGACGGUACUCAGCAUAACGAGGGGUGUAAUUCAGAGAGUAUAUUUUUGUGCGCGCUAUCUGUUUUACACACUUUUUAUCGUUUGCUUGUUAGUCUGUUCUCUGUGGUUAAAAGUCUUGCAGUUAUCGAACGGCGACUGUAUUGCUACUUCCAACCUUUCAACACAUCAACGCGAAUGAUAACGUCAUUAUUGGUGUUUGCGUGAGAAAGAGAGAAAAACCAUUUUUGACUGGUGCCUUUUUUCAUAUGGCUGACAGUUCCUUACGACAUUUUCUGAAAGUAUGAGCGUCGCUGCUUACAAGGCCAUUUGGGCCAUUUGCGAUCAGCUGUGUCGUGAGCGAAAAGCAAAACAGCUUUGACGCUUUGACUCUCAAUUCUCUCAAUGCUCUUCUUCCAACCGCUGGUGCUUUAUUUUUAUUUACAAUUAUUUCUCUAGACAUUAGUUCUGUGCGUGUGAGUCAGUCGUGUUUAUUGCAGCGCAAAAGUUGUGCAAAUUUGAAUUUUUUGGCUAAUUAAAGGAUAAUAAAAACUGGCACUCGAGUUUAACGAAAAAUUUCCAUUCUCAAGUUCUUAUUUUUGUAUUCGUUCAACAUUGCCGACACCGCCGAAAUUUUUAACAUUUUAACAACAACUUGAGCUCGUGAUUAUUUACGAAAUAAAAAAAAAAGCAGGAAAGGACGGUGCCAUUGUAUUGAAAAAAUGACUUCAAGUGCUAACCCCAGAGAAGCUAGUGAGGAGGUUGAGACUCGAAUAUCUGCUUCCAGCAGUAGCUGUGCUGAGGAAGAGGAAGACAUUGAAUACUGCGAGAAUUCACCAUGGGUCUUCAUUCCGGAACCAGUAUUUGCAAAAAUUUUUUUUUCAUUAGAACCGAGAGAUAUCCUCAUUGCCGGACAAACAUGUAAACGAUGGAACAAGUUAUCUCGAGACGACUAUAUAUGGCGAAAAUACUUUCGGAGAGAAUUUACCGUCGAUGUGAACAUUGGAUUGAAGCCAGGUGCACAGUCUUGGAGGUCGGAAUACAAGCGACUGACUGACAAUGUUCCGAUGGUUAUGACUGAUGUGUUGACAAAUCAUUCUCAUCAGGUGUUGCAUGUUAGUUUCUCGCACAACGGAAAAAUGUUUGCUACGUGUUCUAAAGAUGGAUUUGUCAUUGUUUGGAACUCUGCAUAUCCAUCAACCAUACGCGACUCGUUUGAUAUGCGUAAAUUGAGCUGGAAAUAUACUCAAUUUUCACAGUUUAAUCAAAGCGAUACAUUACUGCUUGUGUCCGGUGUUCAUUUCGGUUCGCCUCAUAGCACUUCCGGUGAGAUUGCUGUGUUCACCGUACAAAACGGCUUCCGACUGAGGUGUCGCGUUACCAAUCGCCCAUAUGAUAUUUUUGGAACGUGGUUUAGCGAUCAGCACUUACUGUCAGGUGAUUUGAAUUGGUUAGCACAUCUCGUGAGCACAUCGAUUCUUUGGUUAAACAAGGCUAACCAGGAAGUCGAUUCGGAACACACUCCGAUUCGUAAUCAAAUGUACAAAUUCUAUAACCGAAACGCAAGUUCGAUUAGAGCAAUUACCAUAGCGAACUGCCCGUGGCUAAACGACGAAGCUUCCUGUAAUAAAAAUGAAGAAACUGGUGUUGAUGGACCCAGCACUUCCGGUAGAAACAGUAACGAUGGUGAGGAAGACGAUAGGCGAAUCGGAAAUCCCUUAUCCCACUAUCAGAUGAACCAAGAUCAGGAAGCUGAAGUAGCUUAUCGAGCUGGAAGAGUAUUUAUUCCAGAUAUCGAUUUGGAUUUUCCGUACAUUCCGCUCGAGAAUCAUGAUUAUGCUAGCCCCAUACAUUAUUUGGACGAGUAUCGUAGAGAGUAUGAGGAUAGCUAUUACGAAUCGUCCGAUGAUUGUUUGGACGAUGACGAUGACCCCGAGGACGAUGAUAUGUCGGAAGUAGAUGAUCUGGAUAACCUAUGUCCAAAAUAUUUGAUCUUUUCAACCGGAUCCAAAACUUACACACCGCAUCAAAUUGGAUUUAAACGGAUAGGAAGUGUUAAUUUUCCUCGUCGCUUGGAUCCGGGACCUUCGCUUAAAGAACGCAUAGCCCUGCGGGAAAGACAACGAGAGCUGGAGGUAAUUAUGCGUGAAAUGUCUCAAGAAGAAAUCCGCCUCCAAUAUAUCUUGCAGAACGAAACACCACCUGUGGAACCGAAUUGGGCGAAUUAUGAAUCAGUGGCGGAUCGUUUCGAUCGUGUCGAUAAGUUGAUCGAUUUGCACGGGCACAUCAUAGGAAUGGGUUUAAGCCCGGAUCAUCGCUACCUGUACAUAAACAGUAGACCGUGGCCGAAAAAUUACGUGAUACGAAACCCGCUCGAACCUCCACCGAUUGCACAGGAGAUUGAUAUUCAUGUUAUUGAUCUGAUGACAUUGAAAAAGGUUGGCACCAUGCUCCGAGCUCACAAAGCGUACACACCAAAUACGGAGUGCUUUUUCAUUUUUCUGGAUGUCUGUGAUAACUACGUUGCGAGUGGUGCGGAAGACAUGCACGCUUACCUAUGGGAUCGUUACUAUGGCGUUUGCUUGGCUAAGUAUCAACACGGAGAUGUUGUCAACAGUGUUGCGUUCAACCCCCGAGAUAACGAAAUGUUAGUGACCACAAGUGAUGAUUACGAAAUUAAGAUCUGGAGAUCCUUGUCGCAAGCGAAAAAGCUUGGUAUUCAACCAGUUGGUAAAGCGGUUGAGUUUAGAAAAGUGAAAUCAACUAGAACGACCACUGCCUAGAACGAUACGUGUUGUCGGAAGUAAGUCUUCCCAAAAGCGUAAUCUCUUGUUAACAGUUAUGUUCACUGAUGCGAGUCAACACUUUUAACCACUGUUUGUUAUUGCAAAUCUAGUCGACAUAAUGUUGAAACAGUAGAAAUCGCGUUGUUUUGAAGUCAAUUCUAAACGAUUUAAUAUCAUGAGUUAUGUUUAUUAAAGGCAGAUUAGUUAGAAUAAGACGUUGCCAAUCCGCAUAAUAUUUGCAUGUCGUUCAAUUAAACGUUUUCUUCUGGUAAUAAAGCGAAAACAGAAUAACAAGGUUGUACAUAGUGUUUCGUUCGAAUCGAGAGCUUGGAAACAGUUUGAAGUUGUUAUUAUUCACAUAAAGAAAACAAAUUUAUUGCUUUAACAAAUCACAGAUUUAGAAGAUAUAUUUGUAAAGACUUUUACUCUAUUUUACUGUUUUAAAUAUAAAAUCACAUAAAA